GUUUAUAACCCGUAUAUAGAGAUAAUUGAACAACCCAGGCAGAGAGGAAUGCGUUUCAGAUACAAAUGUGAAGGACGAUCAGCAGGCAGCAUUCCGGGGGAGCACAGUACAGACAACAACCAAACAUACCCAUCUAUCCAGAUCAUGAACUACUAUGGAAAAGGGAAAGUUAGAAUUACAUUAGUAACAAAGAAUGAUCCAUACAAGCCUCAUCCCCAUGAUUUAGUUGGAAAAGAUUGUAGAGAUGGCUACUAUGAAGCAGAAUUUGGACAAGAACGCAGACCACUAUUUUUUCAAAAUUUAGGUAUCCGAUGUGUAAAGAAAAAAGAAGUAAAAGAAGUUAUUAUUUCAAGAAUAAAUGCAGGAAUCAAUCCUUUCAAUGUCCCUGAACAACAACUGCUUGACAUUGAAGAUUGUGACCUAAAAGUGGUGAGACUGUGUUUUCAAGUGUUCCUUCCUGAUGAAUGUGGUAAUUUGACAAAAGCUCUUCCUCCUGUUGUCUCUAACCCAAUUUAUGACAACCGUGCCCCAAAUACUGCAGAAUUAAGGAUUUGUCGUGUAAACAAAAACUGUGGAAGUGUCAAAGGAGGAGAUGAAAUAUUUCUACUUUGUGAUAAAGUUCAGAAAGAUGAUAUAGAAGUUUGUUUUGUGUUGAAUGAUUGGGAAGCAAAAGGUGUCUUUUCACAAGCUGAUGUACAUCGUCAAGUUGCUAUCGUUUUCAAGACUCCUCCAUAUUGCAAAGUUAUAUCAGAGCCAGUCACAGUGAAAAUGCAACUGCGAAGACCUUCUGACCAGGAAGUUAGCAAAUCUAUGGAUUUUAGAUAUCUGCCAGAUGAAAAAGAUACUUAUGGCAAUAAAUCAAAGAAACAAAAAACAACUCUACUUUUCCAGAAACUGUGGCAGGAUUGUGCUAAUUUUCCAGAGAGAGCAAGACCUACUCCUCCAGGGUCAACAGGAGAAGGAAGAUUCAUCAAAAAAGAAUCAAAUUUAUUUUCUCAAUGUGCAGUUUUGCCAGAAGUGAUCAAGACUUCAAGUGAUUCAAGUCAAGCAGAACCAUACUAUUCCUCACCUGUGUCUAUCUCAACUAGAUUACCACAUCAUGCUUCUACCAUUUCCUCAGUGGUACCUCAGCCUUCUUCAAAUUGGUCAUCAGUAGCCCAACUCACCUCACGUCCAGUCAACACAAAUCCAUUGAAUAGUUUAUCAACAGGGACAUUUUCCUCUUCACAGGGUAUCUCACCAUUUCCAGACAUGCCUUCUGUUAAUAAUUUACAUGCUCCUAAUGCCUGCAUUUAUAAUAAUGCUGAUGAUAUAGGUAGAAUGGAAGCAUCAUCCAUUUCAUCAGCUGACUUAUAUAGUAUUUCUGAUGCGAACAUGCUUUCUAAUUGUUCUGGGAAUAUUAUGACAACCAGCAAUGAUCGAAUGAGGGAAACCGAUCAUCCAAGACUUGUGAGCAUGCAUCUUGAAAACCCCUCUUGUAACGCAAUGUUAGACCCAAGAGACUUGAGACAGCUCCAUCAGAUGUCUUCUUCCAAUAUGUCCACAAGCACCAAUUCCAAUACUACUGGUUUUGUUUCACAGUCAAAUGCAUUUGAGCAAUCUGACUUCAGUUGUGCAGAUAACCAUCUGAUAAAUGAACCGGAACCAUCAAUUGAUACUAAUCCAAACAAUCAUAAUUUUGUUCAAAAUAAUCAGUAUUCAAGUAUUGGUAUUAUGCAAAGUGAGCAAUUGAGUGACUCCUUUGCAUAUGACUUUUUUUAAGUAUAAUUUGCAGGGUUUAUUUUUAUUUGUUGGUUAUUUUUUUGUUUUUGUUUUUUGUUUCUUUUG